AUGCAGGGCCUGAUCAGGUCUGCAGGCGCAUGGCUGCGCGCAGACUCCCCCGUGGUGUCGUCGGCAAGUCUGGCCUGUGCAUGGCCAGUGCUGCCGGCAUGGAGCUGGCGCCAGCCUCCGCACCCGGCCCGCUGCACCAGCACCGAGGCCGAGGCUCCUGAGAGGGAGGCUCCCCAGGGCGAGGCCUCUCCCCGUGGCUUCCUGGCGGGGGGCCACUCUGUGGAGGACUUCCCACCCUCCCACAUCAGGAACUUCUCCAUCAUCGCGCACGUGGACCACGGCAAGUCCACCCUGGCAGACCGCCUGCUGGAGCUGACGGGGGCCAUCAACCCCGGCGCCAAGCAGUACCUCGACAAGCUCCAGGUGGAGAAGGAGCGGGGCAUCACGGUCAAGGCCCAGACGGCGAGUCUGGUGUUCAAACACGAGGGCGAGCAGUACCUGCUGAACCUGAUCGACACCCCGGGCCACGUCGAUUUCUCGUACGAGGUCUCGCGCUCCCUGGCGGCCUGCCAGGGCGCCAUCUUGCUGGUGGACGCCAGCCAGGGCGUGCAGGCCCAGACGGUGGCCAACUUCUGGCUGGCCUUUGAGCAGGACCUGGCCAUCAUCCCCGUGCUGAACAAGAUCGACCACCCCGGGGCGGAGCCGGCGCGGGUCACCGCCCAGCUGGCGGAGGCCUUUGACCUGGACCCUGCCGCGGUGCUGGCAAUCUCGGCCAAGACCGGGGCGGGGCUGGACCGGGUGCUCCCCGCCGUGGUCGAGCGCGUCCCCCCCCCGCGCGGCGACCUGGCCGCCCCGCUGCGCGCGCUGCUGUUUGACGCCUACCACGACGAGUACCGCGGCGUGGUGUGCCUGCUGGCGGUGGCCGACGGCGCCGUGGGGCGCGGCGACCGCGUCACAGCCGCGGCGGCCGGCCAGAGCUACGACGUGGUGGAGGUGGGCCUGCUGGCGCCGGAGCCGGUGCCCACGCCCAGCCUGCGCGCGGGGCAGGUCGGGUACGUGCUGGCAGGGAUGAAGGACACGCGUCAGGCGCGGGUGGGCGACACCUGGCACGCCGCACGCGCGCCCGUGCCGGCUUUCCCUGGCUUCAAGCCCGCACAGAGCAUGGUGUUCGCCGGCAUCUUCCCCGUCUCCGCCGACGGGCACGAGCGCCUGGCCGCAGCGAUGGCCCGCCUGGCGCUGACCGACGCCAGCGUGGCGGUGCGCCGCGAGAACUCCAACGCCCUGGGCGCGGGCUUCCGCUGCGGCUUCCUGGGCCUGCUCCACCUGGACGUCUUCCGGCAGCGCCUAGAGCAGGAGCAUGGCGCCGACGUGCUGGUCACUGCCCCCACCGUGCCCUGUCGGGUGGUGCUGCAAGGGGGCGAGAGCAUCGAGCUGAGCAACCCCGCCGACUUCCCCACCGACGUACGGGUGGAGGCGGUGUGGGAGCCCACUGUGCGAGCCACGGUCGUGACCCCGGAGGAGUACGUGGGGGCGCUGAUGCAGCUGUGCACCGCCGCGCGGGGGGAGCUGCUCGACCACGUGGUCCUCGACCCCGGGCGCACCAUGCUCAAGUACACGCUGCCGCUGGCAGAGCUGGGCGGCGAUUUCUACGACGAGCUCAAGUCGGCGUCCUCCGGCUACGCCAGCCUGGACUAUGAGGAGGGCGAACCGCGGCGCGCGCCCAUGCAGCGCCUGGACAUCCUGCUCAACGGCGAGCCCGUGGAUGCGCUGGCGCGCAUCGUGCACCGCGACCGCGCGGAGCCGCUGGGGCGGCGACUGUGCGCGGCGCUGGCGGGGGCCCUGCCCCAGCAGCAGUUCCAGGUGGCCGUGCAGGCGGCGGCGGGGGGGCGCGUCGUGGCUCGGGAUACCAUCCGCGCGCUGCGCAAGAACGUGCUGGCCAAGUGCUACGGCGGGGACGUGUCGCGCAAGCGCAAGCUGCUGGAGAAGCAGAAGGAGGGGAAAAAGCGGAUGCGACAGCUGGGGUCGGUGGAGGUGCCCACCGACGUGUUCCAUGACCUGAUGAAGGUGCGCAGCCGGUAG